GGGGUGGGGCUGGGAGGAAAAAAGGGUGAGGGGUAUAGUAAAAAGAAGGUAAUAGGAAAUAGAGGAGAAAAAAGUACAUACAAGAUCUGUUUUUGGAACGUAGCGGGGGUAAAAAAUAAGGAAGAAGAUUUUUGGUUAUGGUUAAGGAAUUGGGACAUUGUAGUUCUAUUUGAGACAUGGGUAAACAACAAAAAAUGGUUAGACGUAAGGGAGUCAUGGGAAAAAGGCUUUAGGUGGGACAUUCAGGAAGCUGUAAUACCGAAGGGGAGAGGUAGAGCGAGCGGAGGUGUGUUGUUUGGAGUAAAAGAUGGCAUAGAAAUAGGUCAGAGGGGUAAAUGGGAUGUUGACGGCUGGGUGGAACUAGAAAUUAAGUUUGGGGUUAAAUGGUGGUGGGUGGUAGGAAUGUAUAUCAAUGGGGACUUAAACCGGAAGAAAGAGCUCUUAAGCAGAUGGCUGGAUGAGACUUGGGACAAAGACGUGAUAAUUGGUGGAGAUGUUUAUGCCAGGACAGGAUCUCUAGGAGGAUUCAAAGCAGUUGGAGUUGGGAUAGAAGGUAACUCAAGGAAGUCAAAGGAUAAAGUUAUUAAUAAGGAUGGAAAAGAUCUACCCCCACAGAAAAAAAUAAGAAUUUUUUCAUCUUUUGUAAGACUAUUUUAUGUACCAAGGAAAGGAAGUCUAUUGUACCCCUUCGAGGACAUAAUUUCAAUCUAUUGCAUACUUUGGGGACAUUUGCAUAGUCUGGGAUCUGUCCCCGAACUAUUUUUCGUUCUAAUAUAUGUAUACUUUGGAGACAUGUCCUUGAACCAUACAUUCGCUGUAACAGAUAUUUCGAGGACAUAUCUCCAAAAUAUGCCUUUUAUGGAUCCGAUGCUUUGA